UUCGCAAAGACACUCCGUCUCAUUUUGAUGACGUUUCAAUUUCAAUUUACAUAGAACCUGCCACUGGUUUCGUAGAGGCAUUUUUUCUUAAUCAAAAACACAAACUUCUUCCAUCCAAACAGGCUGGGAUCUUGAUGAAGUGAGUGUUGAGCCCCAAUGAGAUGACUGACCAGGGCAACAACAACCAGAACAUCUCCUGCAACCCCUUUGCUGCCCUCUUCAGCUCAGUGGCGGAUGCCAAGCAGUUUGCGUCAGGCCAGAAACCAGAACAAUCUGCUGAACCACCGUUGGAGGACUCAGGAGAGAGUCAUUCGGAGUCAGAAAACUCUGUGUCAGACAGUGUUGAUGACAAUGACGACUCGGUGGCAGAGAUCAGCCGCUCCUUCCGGUCCAGGCAGGAGCUGUGUGAACAGCUCAAUGUCAAUCACAUGAUCCAGCGAAUAUUUCUCAUCACGCUGGACAACAGUGACCCCAGUCUGAGAGGAGGUAAUGGGAUUCCCCUGCGCUGUGUCUACCUGGAAGAGAUGGCUGCCGAUCUGGAUGGACAGGACUGGCUGGACAUGGAUAACAUAGAACAGGCUCUGUUUAACCGUCUGCUGGUACUGGAGCCCGGAAACUACCUCAUCUACAUGACGUCGUGCAGCGCUGUGAACCUGUCCGCUGACCGUGAUGCUGGACAGAAGCGAGCCAUCCCGUACCUUUUUGCCUGUUACCAGAGGGCCAAAGAAGAGGUGACGAAGGUACCAGAGAAGCUGCUGUCGUUCGCUGUUCGCUGUAAGAACCUGACGGUUUCGAACACCCGGACAGUUUUGCUCACCCCAGAGAUCUACGUCAGCCAGAAUAUCUACGAACAGCUUCUGGACCUACUGCUGGAAAGUUUUGAUGGAUCACAGCCAGAAGAGGUGAUUGAGUUCUUGGAGGAGGUCAUUGCCGGCCUGCUCGCUGACCAGGAGGUGCGUACCUUCGAGGAGGUGAUAGUGCCAGUGUUGGAUAUCUUCCAGGGACGCAUCAAAGACUUGGACCUGUGCCAGCCUCUCCUCUACACCUACCUAGAUGUUCUGCUCUAUUUCAGCCACCAUGCGGAUAUCGCUAAGGUAUUGGUGCACCACAUUCAACCUAAGGACCCAGCUAAUGGUUUGCAGUACCAGAAGACCCUACUGGGAGCAGUGUUGAGUAUAUCCUGCUUGUUGAAAACCCCAGGUGUGGUGGAGGGACACGGCUACUUCCUGAACCCUUCCCGCUCCAGCGCCCAGGAGACAAAGGUCCAGGAAGCCAACAUCCAUCAGUUUAUGGGUCAGUUUCAUGACAAGCUGCACCAGAUCUUGAAGAACUUGCUCCAGCGAUCUGGUGAGACUCGCCAUUUGCUGCUCUCGUGGUUGGGCAGCUGUUUGCAGGCGAAUGCUGGCCGGGCCAAGAUUUGGGCCAAUCAGAUGCCAGAGAUCUUCUCCCAGAUGUACGCCUCAGACGCGUUCUUCUUAAACUUGGGCACAACAUUACUGAAGCUGUGCCAGCCCUUCUGCAAGCCACGGUCCAACAAACUGCUCACCUUCAACCCCACCUACUGCGCCCUCAAAGAGCUGAGCGAAGAAGAGAGGCGCAAUCGCAACGUGCACAUAACAGGUCUCGACAAGGAAACCUGUCUGAUCCCCGUCCCCCCUCAGCAGCCGGUGGAGUCAGUGCAGUCCUACAGCCUCCUGACUGAAAACCUCAUCCUCACGCAGCUCACCCUGCACCUAGGCUUCCACAGACUCCACGAGCAGAUGGUGAAGAUGAACCAGACUCUUCACCGGCUCCAGGUGACGUGGCAGGAGUCCCAGCGAACGGGCAACCCCAUGUCAGAGCAGCUUCUGGAGCAGUUUGAGCGUCUGAUGAUUGUUUACCUCUCAACCAAAGCCGCCAGCACGCAGCCUGCAAUGCUGCAAUGCUGCCUUAACCUCCAAGCCUCCACGGCUGCCCUGCUGGUUCAGCUCGGGGUCGGGAACCAGGGGCCUGAACAUGUAGCACUCAGUUUCCCCCUUUCCUCCUUACGGAAGACUAUGCUCUGCUAUGUACCAGAAUUCUUUGCAGAGAACUUGGGAGAUUUUUUCAUCUUCCUGCGUCGAUUUGCAGACGACGUUUUGGAGAGUUCCGCAGAAAGUCUGGAGCAGAUUCUUAACUUUGUCACUGUUUUCAUGGGUAACAUGGAGAGGAUGAAGAACCCUCAUUUAAGAGCAAAGCUUGCAGAGGUCUUAGAGGCGGUGAUGCCCCACAUGGAGCCGGUAGCUCCUGGUGCUAUUCAGCCAAUCGUUUUCCAGCGAGAGAGAGUAUUCUGCUCCUAUAGACACGCACCUCAGCUGGCUGAGGCCCUCAUCGCUGUGUUUGUCGACAUUGAAUUCACAGGUGAUCCUCAUCAGUUUGAACAGAAAUUCAACUACAGGCGACCCAUGUAUCCCAUUCUCAAGUUCAUGUGGGGCAAAGAUAACUACAGAGAGAGUAUCAAGCAUUUGGCGCACUAUGCGUCCGAGAACCUGGAGGCCAUGAACCCCCCUCUGUUCCUCCGGUUCCUAAAUUUACUGAUGAAUGAUGCCACCUUUCUACUGGAUGAGGCUAUUCAGUACCUUAGUAAAAUCAAAGUUCUGCAGUUGGAACGGGAUCGAGGGGAGUGGGAAGGACUGGCCCCCGACGCCCGCAAGGAGAAGGAGUCGAGCCUGCAGAUGCUCGGACAGUUGGGACGCUUCCAUAAUAUCAUGUCCAACGAGACCAUCGGCACGCUGGCCUUCCUCACGUCAGAGAUCAAGGAGAUCUUUGUGCCCCCCUUCCUGGCUGAGAGGGUCAUCUCCCUGCUGAAUUACUUCCUUCAGCACCUGGUGGGACCAAAGAUGGGGGCACUUAAAGUCAAGGACUUCAGUGAGUUUGACUUCAAGCCCCAGCAGCUUGUCUCUGACAUCUGCACCAUCUUCCUCAAUCUCGGUGAUGAGGAGAAUUUCUGUGCUAGAGUUCCAAAGGAUGGACGCUCGUACUCUCCCACCCUCUUCUCCCAAACAGUUAGAGUGCUGAAGAAGAUAAACAAGCCCGGAGACAUGAUUCUGGCUUUUGGGCUCCUUGCUGACAAAAUAAAGUCCCAUGCAGAUAGACAGCUGCAGGAUGAGGAGACGUAUGCAGAUGCCCCAGAUGAGUUCUUGGACCCCAUCAUGUCCACGCUGAUGCUCGAUCCCGUUCUUCUCCCUUCCUCCAAUGUUACAGUUGACCGCUCAACCAUAGCAAGGCAUCUCCUCAGUGACCAGACAGACCCUUUCAACCGAAGUCCUCUCACCAUGGACCAGAUCCGGCCGAACCAGGAACUCAAACAGCAGAUCUUACAGUGGCUGGAUACACAUACGCAGGAUAGGAUGCAGGUGGGACCCAGUGGCUAGCCAGGCCGGGAUCCCUCGCUGCGAAAAACAAUGACCGCAUCCCGGUUUUCUCUACCGGCUCACAUCUCGAGUGCUCUUCUGCUUCUUGGCUAAUCCAUAAUGUGCUUGCCUCUGGAUUUCUUCUGGUUCUUCUACGGUGAGACUUGAGAUCGCAUUAGCCUUUUCACGCAGCCUUCACGCUCAGUGGAUUCUGUCCAACGGUGCAGCCAACUGCAGCCCAUCAGCUGGUGACAACUUCAAAUCAAUCCAAUCAAUUGUUCCUCCCUGAAAACUAUGUAUUAAUUAGUUAUAAUUGCAAUCAGAACUGUGGCCAGAACUAUCAUUUUCAACAGGACUUGUUGAAUGUGCUUUAUGAACUCUGGACUGAACAGCUGGCCCUAAACACAUUUUAUACUGGAAGGUAAGUAUUUUUGGGAACUCUGGAGGCUUAAUAUGGAUGGAACUGUUGAACUAUGAACUAUGAUUUCACCUUGAUUUCAAAUGGAUGAAUACGUUUUUUGAACACCCUACAUUUCAGCUCUUGUUGUUAAAAUCUAAGGCUGUGUUGUAAAUGUACAUUUUAAUUAAAGACGAGGCACGAGUAAAGCAGAAUUUAAUUGUGUGGGACUUUUUUUUUUUUGUUAUUGAAAAUAAUUUUUAUUUACAUGUUUAAACUAGUGUUCACUGUAAUACAGCACCUGAAGCACAAAACCAUACUGUGAACAUUAUUAUUUUGUAUUAACUUAGAUUUAAUCAGGGACUAAUUAAGGGCAUUGAUGGGGUCUAAGAACUUUCUAACUAAUGCUGAUGCUAAUAGGUUGCUGGAAAUGUGGGUUUAAACUAUGUUUCAGUUACAAGUAAACCCUUUUAGAAUAAGGUACAUACAGGCUACAACAAAGUCUAUCUUAUAAAAACUACAGUAUCUUUAUCUUGAAAUGCUGGAAUGCAUACUCCAAUUGCUUGAUAGUUACGGGUGGCAUUGCUGGAACAUGAUAGUUUGCUGUGCACACACUACAGACUUACACGGACACACAACUUCUCUGAAUUGUACAUGAAAUAAGUCACCAGUUUUAGGAAGCUCCCUCUAGAGCUACAUGCCUGAUAAUCCAAGUAGUAAACUGAUUCUCAUGUUCAAAGUGUGUUAAGUGCCCUGUGAUCACACGCACAAAACGACUGCACAUUGCUACUGCUUUCAAUACUACAUUUUUUAAUUUUCAUUUUUUAAUCCUUCUAAAACAUGGUGCCUGUUCUUAAACGUUCCACCAAAUUUAACACAACUAGAUCCGAGGUGUAGAAUUAGCAUUGCAGUCACAGAACCAUACUUACAUAUGAAAUGCCACGUUUUAAUACACCUUUCUCUCAAUUAACCUAAUCAACCUCAAUUAUUUUUUUUUAAAGUUCUUUACAAUAAGAAUAUUUGUUAUGAUUCUACUCAAAGAGACCAAAUGUACGGUGUUCAAUAAUUUUUUCAUUUGCAAUGUAUACUAUUUGAAAUCAUUGUCAUCUUAUGAAUUAACAUUGACACAUUUAACUGAUGUAUUCUGCUCUAGCGUUAUGAACAGACGUUUGUUGUGUGUAAGCAUAGAAUAUUAACAUGUCGGCAAACAAAUGAUCGAUAGAAUCGGUGCCUAAAACCAAGAGCUUUGUCAAAAAUAAGCAUCUGACUUUCAUACAUAAUCAUGAGUUUGUUUCUGUAGGGUAUACAGGGGGGCUGUUGGUAGAAUAUUAAAGAAGAGGGAUAACUUGUUUUUGAGAUGCUUUUGGAUUAAAUGUUUUUAAUUCAAAACCAAGCGUGUUCGUAUGUUGAAUAUCUACCACCUGAAUGGUUUCAUGGGUUAAACUAUAAUGCAAUAUUUUUGUUUUAAUUGUAAUUAUAAAAUGUUUCUUUUGGAUGUACAGUAUGAGUAAACAAUACAAACUAA